UUCUAUAUAUUUUAUAUUUUACACACAGUAAUUUGACAGUAUGUUACAAUUAUGCUAUUAUAAUAAAAGAUAACGCUACAAAAUGUGCUAAUAAAACACAUAAAAUAUAUUUUACCCAAAAUUUCCAUUAAAAUUAUUCAGAUUCCGGCGGCUUUUCCGAGCAUAAACCACUAGUAGUAUAACUCAGCUCCGAUCCUAGCUCGAGUCAUCCUCAUUGAUCCUAUUCGUUCGGAGGCUCCUUUUGAUCGGAUCUGCGAUUGUUAGGACGAGGUCUUCAGCAGGUGAGAGCGAGGCUCUUGCGCCUGCAGCUAGGGCCCCAACUAGGGGUCGGGGAAGAGGUCAACCCAAAGGUCGAGGUCGGGCACUAGCUACUGCACCGGCCAGGGGCCAGACUAGAGAGCCGUCACUUGAUCCAGAGAUAGAGGUAGAGGAUUUACCGCCUUAGACAGAGGGUUUGGGACCAGCUCAGGCUCCAGCUGGAUUUGUGGACCCACAAUUACUUCGAGACACUAAGGUUAUGAUUAUGAACCUUCUAAAGGGUAUGUCACAAGGCGGAGCGUUGCCCGGUACUUUGAGUGGGUCUCAGGUCAGAGAUGAGGCUCAGACCUCAGCUCCGACAGCAGCACAAGGUGUUCUGGGUUUAGGAGCGCAGCCUGCUGCUGCGGCUCCCCAUUUAGAGGCGUUGCCAGUGCCGGUUAUUGCUCAGCCUAUUGCAUCCAAACCAGUGAUGACUAUUGAGGAGCAGAAGUCGCUGUGUCGGUUUAUAAGAUGGGGCCCUCCAAGUUUUUCUGGUGCUCCGUGAGAGGAUGCAUAUGAGUUCUUAAUGAGAUGUCAGGAAACGUUGCAUAUCCUCGGUUUAUUGGAGUCGCACGGGGUGGAUUGCACUACAUUGCAGAUGGAAGGGCCAGCUAAACAUUGGUGGAGGGCAUAUCUCGCGUGUAGGCCUGUCGGGUCACCUCCAAUGUCUUGGGAGCAGUUCUCUGAGGCUUUCUUGGAGAAGUAUUUGCCCCGCAGUAUGAGAGAAAAGUUGUUGGAUGAGUUCAUAGAUCUUCAGCAGGGCUCCAUGUCUGUUUCAGAGUAUGAGACGAGAUUUUAUGAGUUGGCUAGGCAUGCUGCUAAGAUUAUACCUACAGAGCACGAAUGGGUUCGGAGAUUUGUUAGGGGGUUGACUUUACCACUUCGUUUGGCGACAGAGCACUUAGUGGCAUUGGGAUCUACUUUCCUUCAGGUUGUUGAUCACGUGCGUACUAUUGAGGGGAUACCCCGCGAGACCUAUGGAGGCAAUGACAAGAGGCCUCGCCGUCAGGGCACUUUCAGUGGUUCUCAGUCCAAAGGUAGGGGUUUCUCUGGUAGCGAUUAUCAUCAACAUUUACAGCCUAGUAGACCUGUUCAAGAAGCGCUACAGCCGAUGACCAGCUAAGGGUGCUUUGAGUGUGGUGAGUUGGGGCAUUUUGCUAGAGAGUGUCCCAGAUUCAAACAGGGCAGGCAGCAGGUUCAAGCUCCCCGGGCUCCAUUGCCUUCGGCCAGAGGUGGUGCACAGGGUACUAGGGGUGAUCCCCAGGGUAGAGAUGGGUCUCAGCUAGGUCGUACCGGUGGUCGUGUGGUUACUCAGUCCGGGGGCAAACGUGGACGUUUUUAUGCUUUUUCGGAGGAUUCAGUAACAGGUCACAUGGACAUACCAAAAGGAGACAAGCUUGUGUUGAGGGGUUUAAAGUUUCAUGGAUACCAUGGGGUGAAACAAGAAGAAAAGAAGCUUGGUCAGAAGCUCCUGGUAGAUGUUGAUGCUUGGAUGGAUCUUCGAGCUGCUGGUGAAUCUGACUGCUUGUCAGAUACUCUAAAUUAUACUGAUAUAUACCGAAUAGUGAAAGAGGUUAUGGAGGGGCCACCUAAAGACCUGCUAGAAUCUGUGGCUCAACUCAUUGCAUCGACAACCCUCACCAAGUAUCCCCAGGUAUCUGCUGUUCGCGUUCAAGUUGGAAAGCCUCAUGUGGCCGUCGAAGGGCCUGUUGACUACUUGGGCGUCGAGAUUGUUAGAUACAGAAAUCUUGAUGUUCAAAACUAGGACAUAAUGCUUGUACUAUUCUCAACUUCAAAAUUUCUGCUGUUUGACAAUCAUUUUCAAGCUAAGUACAAUUUGACCAAGUUUCUUGAUGCUUAAUUGAAUACACUUCCUGAUGCA